GAAGAACAUUCACUUGUGUGCGCAUCUCUAGCAUACAAAGCCGAGCUGUGGGAAAAAUUAGAAGCGGAAACGGGUUUUACUUUUACUGGUAACUUUGGAGCACAGCGCUCGCCAGCAAUUUGGACGGCAGUCUGGAGUUGCAGCCGCAUCGAAACAAACCGAUUCCAGAAUCACAAUCCGUGCCACCGAAUCGCUAAAUUUAACUAUAAACUUGAUAGAGGAAUUGCGAGGGCGUCACCGUCGUGGGAAACAGCAAUAUAAACAAACAUCAGCGGGAUGUCGAUGAGCAAUUUAUCAAUUGACGGCGAGUUCCGCUACAUUAUUCAGUGGUUCAAUGAGUGGAGCGAGCUGCAACGGGAUGACUUUGUCUACGUUUUUGUGGAGUACCUGGCUCGGGGCUCCAGUGGUAGCUCUAGCGACGUCCAUGUAAAUGGCUUGGUCAACUCGCUGGCCAACUCAGCCGUACAGGACAAGCCUAUGAGCCUGUUUCAGUGCCGCAUUAAGCUGUUUCGUGAAUGGAGCCCCAAGUGGCCGAUCGAGUUCAAAUGCAAGCUGCAAGAGAAGAUCAGCGAGAUCGACGCAAAGGUGGGGGAGAAGAUCAUCAAUGAGCUGCGGGGGCCCCAUUCCGUGCACAAUGGCGAGGUAGCUGUGCAUUUAAAUGCAAAUGGGACGAGCGAAGAGGGCGGGGACUCCGAACUAGAGCAUGCAUUGGUAGAGGUGGCAGAAGUGGUAGAGGUCGCAGUGCCAGUGGCAAUGGAAGAGGCUGAGCCAGCUCCCGAAGUUGAUGACAAUCGCUUGGCGGCGGUAUUAGGCCAAGAGACCCCCGUUGAUGACGACGACGUGGAAGAGCCAACCAGCGAAGAUAGCAAUAUCCAUGCCGAUGUAAAUGGCCAUUAUCCAGCGGCUGGAGUGACAACGAUUGCGGUGAAUACAUCUCCAUCACCAUCCCCGACUCCGCAGCCGAUUGUCGAACCUGUAGAACAGGUCGAGAAUAGCGUUACAGUCACUGUGGCCUCUGCAGAGGUUCCCCCGGUGGCUUAGCUCGGCACGAUCGUUAAUAACAAACCAGAUCGACUAUAAAAAGACCUAAUGAGUAGUUAAGUAUUUUAGUUGUACAUCAUCGGCAACUUGACAUUCCACGCGAUGCAUUUCUAGUUACGUAAGCCAAUCUCUGAGCCCAUAACUAGGCUUGGCCACUAAGUAAGACUUUGUUCGCGUUUUUUAGCCCUUCAUCCCGUUCACCUAUCGACUAACCUAAGAGCAUAAUCUGUAAAGUAAGCCUCAAUAAUACACGAAAGAGAGUUUCAUAUACUAAA